CUGUCAAUACACGAAUUUCUUAUACAGCAUCUUAAGCAGUAGUAACACGAGAAAACACCACGAGAAUACAUUCAUAGCAGAUGCUAUUUAUCGUCUGCUUCCCGUUAUCUGAUCACGUGAUUUAAAAGUGUGCCACGUUAUAAUGUGUAUUGGAUGUGUAAUAGCCAGCGUUUUCGUGUAGAUACAGUAGAAUUGAGUGACAGAUGGAAUGAAGGAAUAAGAUAUAUUUAAAAAAAGAAACAAAUCGUAUGGGUCAAACAUGGAUGGGGGAGCAGACGACAGUGAGGAAUGGUACGAUCACGACUUGCAACUGGCGGCGGAACUUGGUAAAGCGUUGUUAGAGAGAAACAGAGACCUGGAGGAGAAGUUGUUUCAAGCACAGCAAGCAACUGAAGAUCAACAACUUGAAAUAGAUUAUUUGAGUCACCAGCUGGACACUGUACGGGAAUCAAGCGAAACAAAGAAUAAGAUAUACGAGGAGAUAGAUAAAACAAUACAAGACCUGGAAUGUCGUAACCAGAAAUUGAUCAUCGACAGCAAAGGUGAUAAACAGAAGAUUGAAAGAUUAGCAGACACGGUAAGAACUUUAGAGGAAAAGAAUGAAGAAUUAUCAAAAAGAGUUGAUGACUUAAAAGCUGCGGAACGCGAGAGGAAGAAAAUGCAGCAGCAGCAGAAUAAAGACACGCGCCGAGCACGUAGUCUGGCCAAUCUCCCGGAUAACAAGGAAAAUCUUGAUCUGUGCUACGAGAGGAUUGGAAAUUGGACGUAUAAUGAAAGGUUUAAAAGUUCAAAUUUACCGCUGAAUCCCUUCGAAAUCGAGAUUCGAAAUCAACAAGAAAUAAUCAAACGUCUGAAAGCGCAGAAUAUGCUUGAUAAACGCAAGAGAGAGGACUUUGAAACGGAAGUAGCGUUGCUUUGGGAAGAAAAUACUUCACUGGAAGUAAAAAUGAAAAUUUUGGAAGAGGAUUUAUUCAAAUAUAAAAAAUUACAAGACGAUAUUCAAAAAAUUAAAAUGGAGUCUGGCAAGUACUGUAUUAAUUGUGGGAAAACGUUGGAUUUGUUAAAGAAACCAGGUCUUCAAUCAGAAGUCGAAGAUGACGAACCUCAUUUUAAUAGUGAAGGGAAAAUUGUUAAAAUGGAAAGUGGUGGUUCGAUUUAUGGUAGCCGUGAAUCUUUAGAUCAGGUUGCUAUGGAAACAAAAGAGACUAUGACCUCGAUUGACAGCCCGGAGAAUCCGGAAGAUGCUGGAAUAUCGAUUUUGAAUGAAUUAGAACUUCAGUAUCAAUCUCUCUUCAAAAAGUAUGAACUGUUGCUACAGAAAGGCAAGCGUCCGAGUAGUUUGUUACUCGAAGAUGAUGAAGAGGCGGAGAGGGAGCUUGAAAAGCGUCUGUCCAACAAAGCCGUGCAGACCACAAUCAAACUGACAAAACCUGGCGAUGACCUUGAAAAUCCUCCAUACAAAAUGAUAUUUAGAGACAUAUUUGCAACGUUGAAGAAAUCAAGGAUAGAAGAGUCUGGCGAAGCGUGUGUGACGUCACCGGAAACUCAACAUGGCAAAGCAACUCACAGCUCUAGUCCUGUUCCAGAUGCUAGAUAAAAAGUCAUGCAAUGCAACAUUUUGUUUUCAUUACUAAUGUAAUGAAUCGAGUAUUUAUUUUAAUUAUGCUAUAAAAUUGAUCAAAUGAUUUUACUCUAAAUCGCCUUCCUUGAUUUUUUUGGGAUCAGACUAAAGCACUGACCAAAUAUUCGCAACUAGUCAUUUAAUUUAUUGGAAUUAUGAAAUGUUCCUCUUUGUAUUAUAAUGUGUGCAAUAUUGCUAGCUUUGUGUAUCAUUUCUGUUUUGUCUUUCAUGGUUACCUAGACUAUAAAUUGUCUAAUAACCGCCGUGUUUUCUUUGUUGUUUCCAUUGAUAUUAUUACCACCAGAUGAUGAGUUUCCUUCAUAUUUUAUAUUAUUGAUUUAAAGAAAAAUAAUUUUAUCACUUCAUUUUAGAAAUAAAUGCAAAUCUCUUUGCAA